GGCAGGCGCACGGGGCAGGGCGCGCCGCGCGGCCGCCGCCACACCAUGCUCAAGCGCUGCGGCCGGCGCCUGCUGCUGGCGCUGGCUGGCGCGCUGCUCGCCUGCCUGCUAGUGCUCACUGCCGAUCCGCCGCCGCCCCCGCUGCCCGCCGAGCGAGGCCGGCGCGCGCUGCGCAGCCUGGCGGGCCCCGCAGGGGCUGCCCCGGCGCCUGGGCUGGGGGCGGCGGCGGCGGCGCCCGGGGCGCUGGCCGGCGAGGUGCACAGUCUGUCCGAGUACUUCAGCCUGCUCACUCGCGCGCGCAGAGACGCGGGCCUGCCCCCCGGGGCCUCCCCCCGCCCCGCCGACAGCCACCCGCGUCCCCUGGCCGAGCCGCUCGCGCCCCGAGACGUCUUCAUCGCUGUCAAGACCACCAGAAAGUUCCACCGCGCGCGCCUCGACCUGCUGCUGGAGACCUGGAUCUCGCGCCACAAGGAGAUGACAUUCAUCUUCACUGACGGGGAAGAUGAGGCCCUGGCCAGGCACACGGGCAAUGUGGUCAUCACGAACUGCUCAGCCGCCCACAGCCGCCAGGCGCUGUCCUGCAAGAUGGCCGUGGAGUAUGACCACUUCAUCGAGUCCGGCAGGAAGUGGUUCUGCCACGUGGAUGAUGACAACUACGUCAACCUGCGGGCCCUGCUGCGGCUGCUGGCCAGCUACCCGCACACGCGGGACAUCUACAUCGGCAAGCCCAGCCUGGACAGGCCCAUCCAGGCCACGGAACGGGUCAGCGAGAACAAGGUGCGUCCUGUCCACUUCUGGUUUGCCACGGGCGGCGCUGGCUUCUGCAUCAGUCGUGGGCUGGCUCUGAAGAUGAGCCCGUGGGCCAGCGGGGGUCACUUCAUGAACACUGCCGAGCGGAUCCGGCUGCCUGAUGACUGCACCAUUGGCUACAUCGUGGAGGCCCUGCUGGGUGUGCCGCUCAUCCGCAGCGGCCUCUUCCACUCCCACCUGGAGAACCUGCAGCAGGUGCUCACCUCAGAGCUCCACGAGCAGGUGACACUGAGCUACGGUAUGUUUGAAAACAAGCGGAAUGCCGUCCACGUGAAGGGGCCUUUCUCAGUGGAGGCUGACCCAUCCAGGUUCCGCUCCAUCCACUGCCACCUGUACCCGGACACACCCUGGUGUCCCCGAACUGCCAUCUUCUAGCAGCCAUGGCUGAGACCCAACCCCUGGGCGCCCCUGGUAUCCAAAGGGCCCAGUGACCCUGUUGCGCUGCCCUGGCCUCGGCAUUCGAGGCUCCCCCAGGGCCGUGCCUGUGCGUGUGCGUGUGCAUGUGUGUGUGUGUGUAUGCGUGUGUGUGUGUACUGUAUGCCCACCCAGGUAGCAGGCUGCUGGGCAGUUCUGCUCUGUGGAGGGGCGGGCACAAGCGCCACUUAUGUGCCUCUGCUCCGAGAGCCAGUGGGCUGCAAGGCCUGCUUGGAGGGAGGAUUUGUGUGUCGGAGGCCACUCUGAUGAUUUUUGGAUCUUUUUUUUUUUUGAGACGGAGUCUCGCUCUGUUGCCCAGGCUGGAGUGCAGUGGCCGGAUCUCAGCU